GUAUAGUCGUUUGAAUAUAAGCGGGCACUUACAUUUCUCAUUUCUUCGUAUGAUACCCCAGCGAGUACAAGUGUUGUCGCUUUUUCGCACAGGUCCUUUUUUUGAUUCGGUGUUGCAAUGCAAUGCCCAAUGAUAAGCCAGAAUUGUAUACUUGUAUUGCACUGUUCAUAUUGCUCAUUCAAUACACUUCUUUUAUCAAAUCUCAUCAAUCACUUCAAGACUGCCCACUCAAGUGCAAACUGUUUGUUUAGUUUGUAUCAGUGUCGUCAUUGUCAAUUAAUAUCAACAUCUUGUCCCGUUCUUACGGAACAUUCUUUAAUCAAUCAUAUAGAAAAGGAGGUGUCUAUUCAGUGUAUAUAUCAGAAUCAUUCAGGAAAUCCUAUCUUUACUGGGGAAGCAAUGUACGAAUGCUUGCUUUGUUCAUUCAAAGCUAAAGAAGUUAAAAAUUUAACCUUACAUUAUUUCGCUUUUCAUGGUAUCAAAAAUGCCAGUCCAAAUUUGACCAAGCAUUUAACUUACGAUUAUUCAUCAGGAUUAAAUUACAAUUUCCAUGAUGCAAAAUCGUUGUUUAUGGGUGACAAACGAAAUGCAUUUGUCGAUCUUAAUCAAGAUGAUGGCGAAAUGAGUUCUCAUUCAGUAAGUUUUUUCAUUUAAUGUUGGUUGAAUACGUGUUCAUUUUUGUUUAUCUAGGUUGGAACAGAAAGUGGUCGAUUUUCCAGGGGAUCUCAUCUUAGUUCAUCCCAAGUCAACCGAAGUUUAAUGCCAUAUAAAUGUACACACUGCGGCAACGCUUAUCACAAACGAAAGUAUUUUGCUGAACAUGUUUUCUCCUGUUCCAAAUCUUUGCAAUUAACUUGCCCAUGUGGCCGUGUUUGUAAAUGGAGAUCGAAUUUCUAUGCACAUAGGUUAGUAUUCUAUGUAAUUUAGUGUGUCUUCGUAGUGAAAGUAUUUUCCAUUUCAUUGUCCAAAUAAAAAAUGUGUUUGUGUGACCAAGUGCAAUGUUAUAGGUUUUAACUGAAUAAGUUAUUUUAAGGAGUAGUUGGACUGGCUGUUUGUUCCAUUCUUAAAGCCUUUUGAAAUGAAGGUGUUUGUUGUUUCUCAUUAUUAUCAGAAUGGCUUUCUCCAUAGAAGUUUUGGUGAAACGAACGUUUGUUACAUCAUUGAUAUACGUAAAACAUUUAGAAAUAGCGUAUAUCCUGUAGUCAUUUUAUGAAUUCCACCUGCAGUUUGUGCAUCGCCAAAUUUCAAUAUUACCGUUAAGUUUUUUAUUAAUCAACUCUUCUAACUGAAAGCAAUAUACCCACCCUUCCGUGUCUUUAAUAGCUUGUAUAUAAUUGUGAUUUUUAUAUAAAUAUCAUAUAUAUUUCUUCCUGAGAUAAGGUUAGUGAUGAGUACCGGUCCGGUUGCUAACAGAAAUAAUAUUUUGUGAAUGACAAAUUGCGUAAAUUCCUCAUAUUCAAUCUGCGUUCUAGUUCAUUAUUUAAAUACUAAGUUUGGCUUCGGACUUAAUUUUUUGCUCACAAUGUCCAAAAGGUUGUGCCGAAUUUUUAUGACUUACUUAAGAAUCUGACAUACUAAGCCAUCGACGAAGGAACCCAAUUAGACAAGUUAAACUAGUGGGGCACGUAAGUUCUAUUUUAAACAUAUUGUACUUGAAUUUCUAAAUCCUGAGUUUAUUACUUGUAAGUUUUCUUAAUAAUGUGAAUUCGUGGUAAGUUUCAGAUUUUAACGACAAAAUUAUGUACAUUUGCAUUACUUCUAAAAGCACCUUAAUGUUGUAAAAAUAAUUACAGCGACGAUCACAUGAGAAUUCGGUGACCUCAGUCAGCUAUAUAGUGUGUAUCAGUGGCCUAGUUGUUAAGUCGAUUGAUUCAAGACCGCUGUGUUCCUCUUUCAGACCCUGUUCCACCUACUUCAGUUUGGUCGGCUGGACAGUAUAAUUAGCCCUUUCACUAAGUCUUAAUCAAAACCAAAUAUCUGCACUUGUACUUAGCGGUGGGUGUAAAAUGAGUGACACACCCGUAAUUUUCGCUUUCUGUAUCUUACGGUUUUGAUUAGUUUAUCCCACCAACCUAUUAAUAUUUGUUGCAUCAGUCAUAAUCAUUUAGGUCGUUUAACAAUAGAUAUUUUUCAGUCACUUAUAAUCGAGAUGGAGCCUGAAGCAAAUGUCAGCCCAAGUUACCAACCUGCGUCAAUACAGGGAGAUUACUCAAACAAGAUACAUAACAAAAAGUUCGAAAUAAUCGUAGUAUCAGUGAUAUUGAAAGACCACAUAUUGCAGAAUAAACCAGUUAUAUCCAACGUAUAACCUAAUGCGUGUUCAUCGGCUUCACUUGUCACAUCCAACUAGUACAUCGAGAUGAAAUUGUCAAGGUAAAUCCUAGAGUAGUAACAAUAUUAAAGUAAUAAAAGAGACUAGGCAUAGAUAAUACGGUUCGAAAAGAAAAUAUGGAUUAAUGGAAUAAGGAGGAAAGAGGGGAUCCUUUUGUAAGGUAAUUUAGAAACUUAAGAUCUAAAAGAAGGCAAAUACAACGCACCUGACCCACUUGUAAUUUUGAGCUAUAUCACCUGAAGCAUCUAACCAUUAGUUGCGAUAACUGCGUCGACCCCAACCAAACGGUCUACACCUAUCUACAUGGUUCAGUCAAACAGUUAAUAUCUUCAUGGACUAAUGCCACCUGCUUGUUUGCCCUUCUCUAGCUCUCAGCCUAAUUUUAUGCCGGGUAGCAUUGUUUAUCAAGCUAGGCAGUGACUUGAGAAAACUGCUUUAAAGACAUCUAUAGUCUAAUACUAAUAGCUUUCAAUUUGGUCUACCAUCCCAAACUACGUUUCACGGCAUUGCGAUGGCAUGCGUUGGGUUGCUGUAUAGCAUACUUAUCCAUCCGUUGAAAAAUAAACAUCUCGUCUAUGCCACAAGCUACACCAUUCGGUAAAAGCUAAGGGGUUUUUAUGGACGCAUGCCAACAAAUAGUUAUUUCUGAAAUAAUGUCUAUUUUGAAGUUAACUGAAAAUGGAAGACGUUAAUUAUGACUAACACCAGUUUCAGUUCUUAAUUCUGUCGCAAGUUCACCGAUUCGACUUUAUAUAUGUUUACAUAUUUAAAACCCAAUUAUGUACUUUGAAGCGGUGUUUCAAUGAGCGUGUGAUAACGUUUGUGUGAUCGAAAUGUCGAAACUGGUGUUACUUGUGGGAGAAGUCGAAGAAAAAGGAAAAAACUAAACAAGUGUUUCAAUUGUUGACACAUUUACCUCGGAUAUUUCUUAAAGAUAUGAGGGAAUCUGUUACUUCCUCGUAGCCCACAAAGCUAAAGAAUACUUAAGAAACCUAAAGGUGAAAAUGGGUUAGAGAGAGUCUUUAUGACUUUCCAACGCGAACACAAAGUCCAAGGAAUAUCUGCUUGCAGCCGGCCACAUAUGGAUUUUUAUGGUGUAGAUUUUGGUGUGUUGAGUCAGUAAUUUUCAAACCUUACUGCCUACAAGAAUCCAUGUGAUUAACCUUUUCCGAUCUCCUCUUCCUCCUGUUGUGGGAAGCUAGCAACCGUGGAGAUGCGAGUUUUCCAAGGGAAAAACCCUAAUACCAUCUAUCCCUGAAUGAACGGUCGCCCUCAGACCAUGAUGCCUCUGCUUUCUGCUUCCCAAUUGACCUAGCGUUUAAAGCAAGAACUAAAGAAAGAGGUAUUUUUGGCCAUGCUCCAUCACUACGUUAAGGUAUUAGUUGUAUUUCCCCGGCGAGAGGGAUAUUACCAUUGGAGCACGCAAACUUCGUAUUUAUGAAAAUGUAAGUCUGUGUUUUACGCCUCUGGUGCACCAAAUUUCCGAUGGCAUCAUAGUCUAAAUGAAAAUGAGAAACUAUCUGCAUAUUGUCUAAGUAAAAUUUCAUGAUGCUCUUAUUUUUGUUAAUAACGCAUCCUUUUUUUCAAUUUCAGAAAAUCAUGCGCCGUUUAUAAACAACUUGUAACUGGAGGCAGUCAUCUCUCUGUCUUUCGUCGUCGAGGUUUGACUUUGUCUAAAUCAAGUAUUAAUGAUGAUUCUGAAAGUAUUACUAAAGAAUCAGUUAGUUCUAGCGAACAUCUGCUUGAUAUGUCAACUAAUCCCAAAGAUGCUUCUACUGUAAAUCUAAUUGGUGGAAAUGAUUUAACUUCCUUAGUUUCUUCAUCUUCUACACCCGAAGUUACUCCCCAGUCUAAUCCAGACUCUAGCAUUGAUGUAUUUGGAAAUCAUUCUGAUUCCUUUCAAACCUCUCUCACCUACAUAACUCCAGUUUCAUCACUAGCCACAUCUGUCCCGACUUUCGUUUCCAAUGAAAAUAUUGAAACAAAUAAUCUAAAUCAUGUAUCUAGUAAUUCGAUGGUCACAUCUGCCUCUAUAAUUCAUGCAUUAAGUCAAACUUCUAAUUUGUCCGUAUUAGUUGACACACGUUGCCCUGUCAGUAAUUAUCCUUCAAAUCAGAUAAAUGAAUGCACCGCCACUAAUGCGGAAGGUGGAUUUAUCCAAUGUGUAUCAUCAAAAGGUGAACCACUUAUCAUGUUUCCUGGUAUGUAAUUUGAAAAACUUAAAUGCAUAAUUUUACUCUCCGGUCAACUAUAUAUAUAUAUAUAUAAAAUCCAUACCGCAACACUCAGUUAAAAAUUCCAAGAAAUUAAAAAGCUUUAAAACUACUUUCACAGUAUAUCUUUCUGUCUUAUACGUAAGAACGAAUUAAUUUAUUUUCCUUUCUUAUUGAUUUCUUUUUUUUUCAUGUAACUUCUGUGUAUAAAGUUGUCUUUUAUUAUGCCAUUUUGUUUAAAUUAUCGCUUCUAUCUUCCAAUAUAUGCAUUGUUCAUGAAGGAAUCAGUGGAAUAAAUGUCACAAGUUUGUAACAAUUUAGAUUUCGUGCAAAUAUAAUAUAUGCUUUUCUUUAAGAAAUCUUAACCUAUAGACAAAGUUUGCAAUACUUAUCAUGUUUUUCAAUUGAGCAAAAAAUUCAUGUUUUUUAAUUGUACAACUUUAAAAAGAACACAUUUAGGCUUUAAUUAAGCUGACAUCUUUUAAUGUAAAUUUAUAGUGUAAAAAACAUUUGUCAUUCAAUUUGGAAACUUUCUUACAUAAAUAGAUCAUGUUUUGUAAAUUGAUUGACGACUAAUUAAAUGACAAUGUGAACAAGAUAGUAUUUAGUAAAAAAAUAUGUUAUUUAUACGCACAUAUUUCGGCCUAAAGCACUUGUUAGUUUCGUCAGUCGUUAGCCAAAUAAUAUAAUGAGAAGAGGUUUUUUGGAGAUUUCAGAAGUUUCAAUAGCUGAAAUCAUGAGCCAAUUGAAGUUAGACCACCAUGGAAAACCUGGAAGCACUGGGAAACCGUUUCGUCCUAGUAUGGGACUCCUCAGCAGUGGGUUCGGAUCUCGUGGGGGACGAGUUUGGGUUUCACAAUUUUCGCUAGGUGGAGACACUUCCGGUCAACUGCUUAAACAUUCAAUGCAUAUUCGCUACAGAAUUAUGUUAACAUAGAGUUGAAUUCCAAAUGGAUUAGUCAUUUGUGAUUCCUUUGACCGUCAUACCGAUUGUAUGUUCAAUUGAUACAGACAAACUGAAUACAGAUAUCGAUGUUGUACAGUCAUCGUAUAGAGGUACUUAAUUGCUGAUUUUGGAUAAGUUGUUUUCUUAACACGUCUCGUAUGAACAGCUAGUUCCUCAACAGUAGUUUAAGCACAAGCCAUACACGUAAGUUGAUUCCUCGCCAUAUUAAAUAAUGUAAAGAUGAUUCAUGGAAGUAUCCACCAUGCUCUUAUUGACAUUUAGUUUCUUGAUACUCGUAAUUAGGUGAAUAUAUAUCCAAAUGAUACAAACAACACAUGUGUAUCACAGUCUUCUCACCAUAUCUCAAUUUCAUUUUGAGUGAUUACACGGCAUCAUAUUGAUCGUACAUUUGCGGCGUGAUUGUGUGCCUGCCGUUGGUUUUUUAGUAAAUAAAAGACUUUUCAAGUCAAAUAAGUUUAUCAGUAAGAAAAUUUCUUGAGGACUAAUCUUCAGUGAGUAUUCCUUUAUUAUUGACCGAUGAUGGAAAGGACUUUCGAAUCUAAUAAACAUCGAGAAACUAUAAGCCUAAACUCAUUCUCAACGUUUGGUAAAGACAUAUUUAAACGUUUGGUGGAUGCCAUUGCUUCCAAAAUGACUAAGGUAAUUGUGUGAAUGCAAUUCCGAAAUUGUACAAUAACAAAUCUUCAAAUUAAUUUUUACUAAAAAACAAAACAGGUGGUCGGUAAAAAUGUUUCCGAUUGCAUAGACGAUGUUCAGGAAAAAGGACUCACAAUCGAUGGACAGAAAGUGUGUUUUUAUGUAGUGCCAAGUUCCAGAUAACUUACUCGUCUAAAUCAGGAUCAUUGGUUAGUUUCACUAGGCGAUGUAGUCAUUAUGAAUUAAAAUUCUAUAAAACAUAUUUCCUUGGAUGUACAGAAUGAUUCCUAGUUGUUUUUAAAUCAGGUUUAACGCUAUCGAUAGUUUUGA